AUGGUGUCCGAGGCAGAGACAGGCGGCUUGGCCAAGAAUCCAUCCCACUUCCUCCAACACAUCCUUUCCUCCCCAGAUCCCAAAAGCAAGAUUGACAUUGGGCUGCCUCCACCCAAGGUCCGUCGGACCCAACAGCUGCUGGAGCGGAAACAGGUUCUCCGGGAGCUGAAGGCCAAUGUGGAGGAGGAGCGGGCCGCCCGCCACCGCACAGUGUGCAUUCCGCUGGAGGCUGUGCGGGCGGAAUGGGAGAGGACCUGCGGGCCCUACCACAAGCAGCGCCUGGCGGAGUACUAUGGCCUCUACCGAGACCUGUUCCACGGUGCCACCUUCGUGCCCCGAGUCCCCCUGCACGUGGCCUACGCCGUGGGUGAGGAUGACGUGAUGCCUGUGUACCACGGCAAUGAGGUCACGCCGACAGAGGCUGCCCAGGCCCCAGAGGUGACUUACGAGGCAGACGAGGGCUCCCUGUGGACACUGCUGCUCACCAACUUGGAUGGACACCUGCUAGAGCCGGAUGCCGAGUAUGUCCACUGGCUGGUAACCAACAUCCCAGGCAACAGGGUGGCUGAAGGACAGGAGACGUGUCCCUACCUGCCCCCCUUCCCUGCCCGGGGCUCUGGCUUCCACCGCUUUGCCUUCCUGCUCUUCAAGCAGGAGAAGCCAGUCGACUUCUCUGAGGAUACCCGGCCCUCCCCCUGCUACCAGCUUGCCCAGCGGACCUUCCACACUUUCGAUUUCUACAAGAAACACCAGGAAGCCAUGACUCCAGCAGGCCUGGCCUUCUUCCAGUGCUGGGAUGACUCAGUCACCCACACCUUCCACCAGCUUUUGGAUAUGCGGGAGCCCGUGUUCGAGUUUGUGCGGCCACCCCCUUACCACCCCAAGCAGAAGCGCUUCCCCCACAAGCAGCCCCUUCGCUACCUGGACCGGUACAGAGACAGUCAUGAACCCACCUAUGGCAUCUACUGAGUAGCUAGACUGCCACCCCCCUCAGAGGGUGGGCUGGGCCUGGGGCCACUCUGUCAGGCUCCGUAGGCAGGAACCAUAAACACACCUCCAGGGACCAAGCUGUGGGGCCCUGGGCCCUGUCUGAGGCAGCCCCUCUGGGGUGAAUGAAUAAAGAUGGUUUCUGCUAUA